AUGUCGAUGGGUGGACGGAAUCAAAUUAUGGCGCUUGAAAGUGGCGCCACAGCUUUGGAGGUGCCACUCUCAUUGCUACAGCCGCAGGGCGGCCUAGCCACCAACCCCCUGCAGCUCGAUUGGUCCAGCUAUACAAACGAGAUACGAGCCCCGCUACCCGCUUGGCCAUUUGUAGAAGGCCGCAGUCAAUGGCAAUCGCUCAACGCUUUAUGCGCUGCUGCUGAAUCCUCGCGCCCGCCAACCUUCUCUCUACCCCCAAACCCUGCAGUCCGCGUUCGUUUCCACGAGAAUGCUCACCAAGCGUCAGUCAUCCUCGCGGCAUCGACCACAGCUGCUCGUUGCGCGCCGAUGGAGAUCAUCGGUACCGUGACGUUCCUCGACUCAGGAAACCUUGCCACCGUUCUGCAUGAUCUGGGCCUAGCGUUGGGCGACACUUCGGCGGAGUCGAACAUGCCCUUCAGCCCUUUCUCAACCUGGGCCGUCGAAGUACUUCCGUCGUACGACAUGGCUCGGACGAGGGACGACUCUGCAACAACAGCGAGGUUUGUGGUGGCAUACACAGGCCCCGGAAGGACGGACCGCACGUUUGUGCAGUUCACAUUGGGCGCAGAGGAUACCAAACGGCUUGACGGGAAAUUGGUUGGCUUUAUAGCGCAAGCAGAAUUCCUCGAGUCCUUGGGUUUCUGUUUCGCACUCAUGUUACUAUCAGCAGGAAUCUGCCUCGAGCUGGUCUGCCUACGAUCCGUCAUCGAUCAGAGAGCUCGUCUAUGCCCCUCUGCUGCACUGCAUUACCAGAAUGAUACUCCGCGAGUCCCAUCUGCUACUGUGACACCACUGCGCAAACCACUGCGACUGGUCGCGCCUUUUCAAUUGUCCUUCACCUCUUCAUAUUCCACCCCCAUUCCUACAUACCAUUUCUUCCACGGUGACAGAGCAACCUCCGUGCCUCUUACUCCCACGAUGCCCCGCAGCGCUCCCUCAAAAUACAGUGCAUACUCCAACGAUAUCGAACUGGCCAACAUGACUACGCGACCCGCUAGUAUGACGAGACAGCAAUUGAUCGACGCCCUGCAGAAUUCGAAGCAGGAAACAAGAGAGAUGGAGGCGAGCUGCAAGUGGAGCGUGCUUACAAUCGCUUUCGCCGGGUUCCUUGGUGUCGGGUUCGUGGGCGGGAUGGGUCUGUACGCUGUAGAUGAGUCGACCGACAGGAUGUCUGACAUGACUGGGACCCAGCCAAGUGCAACAGUGACAGUGACAGUGACAUUCUGCCCAGAGGAACCGAGAGGCCCCACAACCCCGUCAUCGCGAGGGCGUUUGCAGCUCGGAGAGCCCGGUGAGAAUCAAGAUGGAGGUGGAUUGGACUGUCACGCUGGCGUUGUGAGCUGGAAGAAGCCAAGCGCAUAUCAUGUGGAGGUUGAUGCAGCGACGACAUCGUCGAAACCGACUUCGGUUUCGACGUUCACUCUUGACUACAUCACGCCCACCUCUACCAUCCCGAUUCGGGUGCAAUUUACGGAGGAUCCGAGGUUUGGCGGUACUCAUGAGGGGACCUGA